ACGCGGAUCCCGCGCCGCUCCAAGUCCGCUAGCGGAGCGCGAGCCGCCGUACACGCACCGGGGGGCUGCACUCCGCCCGCGAGAGCGAGAGGGGAAGGAUAGGUAGAGAGGAAGCACCACGGAGGACUCGGGCGACUGGAGAGGCGUUCGGAGAGUGAUUUUUUUUUUUUUACCGGGGCACUGAGCCCCUCAAGCGUAGAGAGACCUGCUCAAUUUUAAAAAAGAAAAGAAAAGAAAAAGAAAAACAGGAAAGCAGAUCGAUCGCUGUGAACGCAAUAUCAUUUCAUCCGAGGGCAGUGCGCGCGGCUCUUAUUCCAUAAACUCUUAAGAUUUCAUUCAUAAACAACGUGGAUAUCGCUCUUUUUUAUUUUUAUUUUAUUUUUAGGUUUUCUUUCGCUGAGCGUCUUUGUCCUCUGGGUUUAUUGGCGGGAUCUCAGUCACAAUCUACGGGACCGAAGAUACGUUUAGUUUGCUGAACAAACACUUCCCAAAGACUCGGACUCGCCUCACCGCGGAGUUUGGGCUCCUCGUCAUGGGGUCCGGACCACAAAUUGCCGGAGAAGGAGGGAGCGUGCCAAAACCCGUACCUGUGAUGCUGACCGUGGUCUGGCUUUUGGUUCUCCUCCGUGUGGACGUCGGAGCCGCUCAAGCUGAUGAUGACUUCCUGGGACUUGGUGAACUGCGGAAACCUUCCCCUCAGACCCCCAGAGCCACUGCCCGUUUUCCUGAUGGAGCCCGAGGAGGCCUACAUCGUAAAGAACAAGCCCGUCAACUUGUACUGCAAGGCCACGCCAGCCACGCAGAUCUACUUCAAGUGCAACAGCGAGUGGGUUCACCAGAAGGAGCACACUGUGGAGGAGCGGGUCGACGAGAACUCUGGCCUGGUGGUGCGGGAGGCCAGUAUUGAGAUCACUCGCCAGCAGGUGGAGGAGCUGUUCGGACCGGAGGACUUCUGGUGUCAGUGUGUGGCCUGGAGCUCAGCGGGGACCACCAAGAGCCGCAAAGCCCACGUCCGCAUUGCCUACUUGAGGAAGACAUUUGACCAGGAACCUCUUGGUAAGGAAGUGUCUCUUGAGCAGGAAGUGUUGCUCCAGUGCCGCCCACCUGAAGGCAUCCCAGCUGCAGAGGUGGAGUGGCUGAAGAACGAGGAGAUUAUUGACCCUGCGGACGACAGGAACUUCUACAUCACCAUCGACCACAACCUGAUCAUCAAACAGGCCCGCCUUUCCGACACAGCCAACUACACCUGCGUGGCUAAAAACAUCGUGGCCAAAAGGCGCAGCACCACCGCCACGGUCAUCGUCUAUGUGAAUGGUGGAUGGUCAACGUGGACAGAGUGGUCUGUGUGUAACAGUCGCUGUGGUCGUGGGUACCAGAAACGUACACGUAGCUGCACCAACCCAGCGCCACUGAAUGGAGGUGCCAUCUGCGAGGGGCAAGGCAUCCAGAAACUGGCAUGUAACCCCCUCUGCCCAGUGGAUGGCCUGUGGACAGAGUGGAGUAAAUGGUCCACCUGUGGGACAGAGUGUACCCACUGGAGAAGGAGGGAAUGCAGCGCCCCAGCGCCCAAAAACGGGGGGAAGGACUGUGAGGGCAUGGUGCUCCAGUCCAAGAACUGCACAGACGGGCUGUGCAUGCAGAGUUCCUUAUAUCAGAAGUCCUCUGAGCCAAAAGACAAGAGUGAUUUGGGAAAUCCAAUGGCUCCUAACACUGAUGACGUAGCGCUGUAUGUGGGCAUUGUCAUAGCGGUGAUCAUGUGCCUGGUCAUCUCCGUUGUCGUGGCCCUCUUCAUCUACAGGAAGAACCACCGUGACUUUGACUCUGACAUCAUCGAUUCCUCUGCCCUCAACGGAGGCUUCCAGCCCGUUAAUAUCAAGACUGCUCGGACAGCUGACCUCCUAACUGCACCCCCUGACCUGACGUCAGCAGCAGCCAUGUACCGUGGCCCCGUCUAUGCCCUCCAUGAUGUAGCGGAUAAGAUCCCCAUGACCAACUCUCCACUACUGGACCCUCUUCCCAACCUGAAGAUCAAGGUGUACAACUCCUCGGGCUUGGUUACUCCGCAGGAUGACCUGGGAGGGGACUUUUCUUCUAAGCUGUCUCCUAAGCUGCCACACUGCCUCCUGGACAACAAUGAUGGUACUAUGGGCCGCCGCACCCAGACCCAGACGUUACUCCGCACCAGGGACCCAUCCUGCACUGCCUUGGGCUCCUUCAACUCCCAGGGGGGGCACCUCAUCGUGCCAAACUCAGGAGUAAGUCUGCUGGUCCCAGCAGGGGCUGUUCCUCAGGGCAGAGUGUAUGAGAUGUAUGUGACGGUUCAGAGGAAGGACAACAUGAGGCCCUCAGUAGAUGACGGCCAGACAGUACUGAGCCCGGUGGUGUGCUGUGGUCCCCCGGGAGCCUUGUUGACCCGACCUGUCAUCAUUACCAUGCACCACUGUGCUGUGUCUGACAGCCAGCAGGAUUGGUUGAUCCAGCUCAAGAGCCAAUCGCAGCAGAACCAUUGGGAGGACGUGGUGGUAGUAGGAGAGGAGAAUUUCACCACGCCGUGCUACAUCCAAAUGGACGAUGAAGCCUGCCACAUCCUGACAGAGACCCUAGGCACCUACUGUCUGGUGGGACAGUCUCUCAGUGCAGCCACCACAAAGCGCCUCAAACUGGCCAUUUUUGGCCCCGUCACCUGCCCCGCCAUGGAGUACAACAUCAGAGUCUACUGCCUGGAUGAUACACAAGAUGCACUGAAGGAAGUCCUGCAAAUGGAGAAACAAAUGGGUGGGAAGUUGUUGGAUGAACCAAAGACACUAAACUUUAAAGAUAGCACCCACAACCUGAGACUCUCAAUCCAUGACAUCCCCCACACACUAUGGAAGAGUAAGCUACUUGCCAAGUACCAGGAGUUGUCCUUCCAACAAGUGUGGAGCGGCUCUCAGAGAAACCUCCAUUGUAGUUUUACUUUGGAGCGGUUCUCUCCCAGCACCGUGGACUUGGCCUGCAAACUGUGUGUGCGGCAGGUGGAGGGAGAAGGACAGAUCUUCCAGCUAAACACCACUCUGUCAGAGGACACCCAGAGUAUUGACACAUCUCUGCUGGACCCAGCCAGUAACAUCACUGCCCUGGUGGGGCCCAACGCUUUCCGCAUCCCCGUCUCCAUCCGACAGAAGCUAUGCAGCAGCCUGGAUGCACCGCAGACCAGAGGCAACGACUGGAGGAUGCUGGCUCACAAACUCAGCCUAGACAGGUAUCUGAACUACUUUGCCACUAAGUCUACUCCUACGGGGGUGAUACUGGACCUGUGGGAGGCCCAGCAUUUCCCCGACGGUAACCUCAACCGCCUCGCCCAAGUACUGGAAGAGAUGGGACGGCACGACAGCCUUGUUCCUGUAGCAGCGGAGCACUGACAUCUGCCCACCGGGGGAAUACGUCAUUCCAGGGUAGAAGGAGUCAUUCAGUAAGAGAGAUAAAGGGAGAGAGCGAGAGAGAGAGAGGGAGAAAGAGUAGAGGCCUAAAAAGAGGAGAAGAGAGACAGUUAAUCGGCACCACAAAAGUGCAGGCAGGCACACACACAUACACACACACACACACACAAUAGAGGUAAUAGGAGACCGUGCACCCAGGUGUACUCAGCUAUGACACGCUCCAACAUCAGCAAAAAGGGGGAGUGUUAAAAAGUUGGAGGUUAAACGAGAGUCUGUAAAAGUCAUCUUGCUCUUGGUGUUUUCGGUCUCUCUGGUCCCACUUUGUUUCCCUGGCUCCAGUUUCUUUGCAAACAACUGCACGGACGUUUGGAUUGGAAGGACAGAUUAAGACAAUGCCCUCACCCCAGACAACAGUCUCAGAAGAGACACGCCAUAAGAAAUCACAGCGUCAAGAGGGCGAAUCGUGGAUCGGAGGACGCUUUUUUUCUCACUUUCCAUGACCCGUACUAGUCUCCAUGGCAACUAACGCAGGCCAACACACGUCCACAACCUGACACGUCCCCAUAGUAUUUAAUACAGCUAUUUAUACAGACAUAUUUCUUCUUUUCGUGUUUUAUACUGCCUGUUAUGGAAUGCUUUGCGUCAUCGCUGCCAUGUGUCCUUCCACAUUUCGUUGGCGUUUCUGAUUACGUUGAACGGUGUUGCAGCUCCCCCUGGUGGAGCGUCCGAGUACUGAUAUUCUGUCCUGUUGCAGUUUUAGAACUGCCAUCAUAAUAGAUAUCAGUGCCCAAUCACGUUAUGUAUUAUUAAUGUUUUAUAAGUAUGUAUGCUUUUUAUUACAUAAUGCAUUUUUGUAUUUUUUUAGAUUUCUUCUUUCUUUAGAAGAUUGCAUUGUUGUUGGGGUUUUUUUAUGUUUAAAAAUGGGUAGAGGGUCUUUAAAGUUGUUGUUUGCUGAUUAGAUCAGUUCCUAGUAUAUAAGGGGGCAUAGACGUAAUGUCCCAACAUAAGGGUAAAAUUCACAAUAUUAAAAGAGACCGAGACAAGAGGAGAAGAGGAUACUGUUGGGAAAUAAAAGAUGUGCUUUGUGAAAAUAGGUAUAUUUUUGUAGGACCAAUGCAGCUGAAUAACAAUUGCCUUUUACCAAAUAAUUGACACAGCGUAUGAGGUAAAUUUUGUUCGGGAGUCGAUCACCUAAUUAUAAGUGUAUUUUUUCUUGUAGUUCGUUUGGUAUGGUCUGAAAUGAUUGAUAUAUUUAUGUUUUGAGUUUUGGAAGAAAGAACGUGAACCAGAUUUAUGUGUUUGUUAAACUAAGACAGAAAACAUCAACAGUGUGAUGACAUUGAAUCUGUGUAUGAUAGUUAUUGAUAAUUGUAAAUGCGACAUUCCUUUGACGCUGCAGCAGCACUUGUUGGGUUUUCAGGUGCUCUUGAAUAAUCUGAUUUUUUUUUUCAUGACAGUCUUAUCGGUUUUCGUAAAGCCGUCUAUGCAAACUUUGCAUCCUUUAAAAAAAAACAAAAAAAACAAUCUGUACACUUUCAGUGCGCUAGCUGUUGCAGUCCAUAGAUGUUCCCAAGCUUCAUUGUUAUUAUUGUGUAUAGUGAGGAUGUGGCCCGUCUGUUUCUGGCACUCUCAUGAUGUUACUAGCAAUUGCUUGCAUUUCAUCGGACAAGUUACUGUACAAAGUGUAAGAAAGAAUUUUUAAAACUAAUAAUAAAUUAUAUUUAUA